GUUUGUGAGAGACAAUGAAUUUGGCUGAGAUUUGUGAUAAUGCCAAAAAAGGAAGAGAAUAUGCGCUUCUUGGGAACUACGACUCCUCUAUGGUGUAUUACCAAGGUGUCAUCCAGCAGAUUCAGCGACACUGUCAAUCAGUCAGAGACCCAGCAGUUAAGGGCAAAUGGCAGCAGGUCCGGCAAGAAUUACUGGAGGAAUAUGAGCAAGUGAAGAGUAUAGUCAACACGUUAGAGAGUUUUAAAAUAGACAAACCUACAGAUAUUCCUGUCUCCUGUCAAGAUGAACCAUUUAGGGAUCCUGUGGUUUGGCCACCUCCAGUUCCAGCUGAGCACAGAGCUCCACCUCAGAUAAAGCGUCCCAACCGAGAAGUUAAACCUUUGAGGAAAGAAUCACCGGGAUUGCAGCCGCGAGGGCCUGUGGGCAGAGCACACCCAAUAUCAAAAAGUGAAAAGCCUACCAGCAGCCGAGACAGGGAAUCUAGAGCUAAAGGGAGAGAGGAUAAGGGGAAAGAGCAUAUCUUCUCAUUAAAUGGAGGGUUUAACUCUUAAAAUGAAGGUGCUGGUGAUGGGGAAAUUCAGAAAUUUGAUGGAGCAGGGUACGAUAAAGACCUGGUUGAAGCACUGGAAAGGGACAUUGUAUCAAGAAAUCCAAGCAUUCAUUGGGAUGACAUAGCAGAUUUGGAAGAAGCCAAGAAAUUAUUAAGGGAAGCAGUUGUUCUGCCAAUGUGGAUGCCUGAUUUUUUCAAGGGGAUCAGAAGGCCUUGGAAGGGUGUUCUGAUGGUUGGCCCCCCUGGGACUGGCAAAACCAUGCUAGCAAAAGCUGUUGCUACAGAAUGUGGAACAACAUUCUUCAAUGUUUCUUCCUCCACUCUGACAUCAAAAUACAGGGGCGAGUCAGAAAAGCUAGUACGCCUGUUGUUUGAAAUGGCAAGAUUUUAUGCUCCAACAACAAUCUUCAUUGAUGAAAUAGAUUCCAUCUGCAGCCGCAGAGGCACUUCUGAUGAACAUGAAGCAAGUCGCAGAGUCAAAUCGGAGCUGCUUGUUCAGAUGGACGGAGUAGGUGGUGCGUUGGAAAACGAUGACCCUUCCAAAAUGGUUAUGGUGCUGGCUGCUACAAACUUUCCCUGGGACAUUGAUGAAGCAUUGCGCAGAAGAUUAGAGAAACGGAUUUAUAUUCCUUUGCCAACGGCAAAAGGCAGAGCAGAGCUGCUUAAGAUUAAUCUUCGGGAAGUAGAGAUGGAUCCUGAUAUCCACCUAGAAGAAAUUGCUGAGAAGAUCGAAGGCUACUCGGGUGCUGAUAUAACUAAUGUUUGCAGGGAUGCCUCUUUGAUGGCAAUGAGACGGCGUAUUAACGGGUUAACCCCAGAAGAGAUCCGUGCACUUUCUAAAGAGGAACUUCAGAUGCCUGUUACGAAGGGGGACUUUGAGCUGGCGCUGAAGAAAAUCUCCAAGUCUGUUUCAGCUGCAGACCUAGAAAAGUAUGAAAAAUGGAUGGCGGAGUUUGGAUCUGCUUAACCUCAGAGACAUCUCUUCUUUGCUAUAGAUUUUUAUCCUUUUUCUGUUGUAAACUGUAAAAUGACUUAGAAAUGUUUUAAAAGGUGGAAUAAAAGGUUUGAUUUGUUUUUCAAAUU